ACCUCUCAAAGGCGAUAUCACAGCCGGAAUGUAUAGCUCCGCAGCCGCGGACCCGGUUACUCGGACGUAUUCAGCAUCCGCUAUCCCGAACAUGCGGCACCCACGGCGUCCAUAUUUUCCAUUCUUUCGGACCAUUCGCGUGAAAGAAACAAACAACAGAACGAUCCCUAUGGGUUUAGGAAGCUCGGGAAGGAUAUCGAAGGCCCUGUCAGCCACUGGUAGGGGGCCCGCAGGACUGGCUGGACGCAAUAAAGCUCGUGAUAGAGUCCGACUCUGUCUAAGUUAGGCAACAUGUCUUCACGCAGACAGAAAUUGGCUAGGGACGAGCAAUGAGCGUCGUUCUUCUACUAGCAGUUCGGGAUUGUUUCUCUUCCCAUUGUGCUUCUCUCAUUUACCCCUCGCCAAGCCCCGAAUCUAUUCUCCCACUAUAUAUGCGUAGAUUCGAACUCGA